GGCCCCGGAAUCCUCCCAGAGCGGAAUCCUGAGGGGUGUAGAGGCUACGAUGCUGCUGUUCUGCCCGGGCUGCGGGAAUGGGCUGAUCGUGGAGGAGGGACAGCGUUGCUACCGCUUCGCCUGCAACACCUGCCCCUACGUGCACAACAUCACCCGCAAGGUGACAAAUCGAAAGUAUCCAAAGCUGAAAGAAGUGGAUGAUGUACUUGGAGGAGCAGCUGCCUGGGAGAAUGUUGACUCUACUGCAGAGCCGUGUCCCAAAUGUGAACAUCCUCGUGCUUACUUCAUGCAGCUUCAGACCCGCUCUGCAGACGAGCCAAUGACCACCUUUUACAAGUGCUGCAAUGCUCAGUGUGGACACCGCUGGAGGGACUAGGGCCAGGGUGGCCCGGCUGCCUGAGGGUCUGCUUAACCUGUCCCUCAGUGUGCAUUCUCAGCUGGGAGUAUGAAUUUUGUGUCCUGAGGGUCUUCACUGGUCUGACAGAAAACUAACCCUUUUCAGUGUCAAGAAAAGUAGCCUAUUUGCCCAUCAGAAUGAAUGGAUGAAGUUAUUAACGUCCAGGGAGUUUUUGUGUGUGGAGGAGACUGAUAACUAAGUAUUCUCUGUUUAAGGUCCUGUUUAGUCAUCUUUUACAUUUAUUGGGCAGUUGACAUUCCCUUACCACCAACUGAUGCUGUUAAAUAUUUAUAAUGUUUGUACAACUUAGUACGUUAAAUGUCUCUAAAUAUUUAAUUGUUAAUUAUAAACUUAAUCAGGAUUUAUUCUGAUUAUUCAUU